CCAGCUAUGUGGCCUUGGUCAGGUCACUCAAUCUCUCUGAGCCUCCUGGUGUAGGAAGGGACUGUGAGAGACUGGGGGUGGGAGGGGCCCCUCCCCCGGGGAAACGGCUCCGUGGUGGAGCAGCUGAGAUGCAGCUGGGCCUGUGGCCUGUGAGGCAGUCUUGUGGCUGCCUCCUCCCCCAGCCCGCACCUCAGGUCUGCAGCUGGGUCCUGCCUCCUCUCAGGUGGGCCAUGGCCGGGACUUGGCUUCUGCUUCUCCUGGCCCUCGAGUGUCCAGCCCUGCCCACAGAUCCUAUUUUCUUCCCUUCCUCCCCAGAGGUAACCACUCUCCUGAGGCUGGCACAACAAGGUGCGGGCAGCACACCCUUCCCCUCUCUGGCCCCACCAAUCACACUUUUGGUGGAUGGAAAGCAGGAGAUGCUGGUGGUCUGCCUGGUCCUUGAUGCUGCACCUCCUGGCCUCGAGAGUCCCAUCUGGUUCUCAGCUGGCAAUGGUAGCUCACUGGAUGCGUUCACCUAUGGUCCUUCCCCAGCGGCAGAUGGCACCUGGACUAGCUUGGCUCAGCUCUCCCUACCCUCUGAAGAGCUGGCAGCCUGGGAGACCCUUGUCUGCCAUACCGGGCCUGAGGCUGGAGAGCAGAGCCAGAGCACACAGCCCCUACAGCUGUCAGGAGGGGCUUCCUCAACCAGGACCUGCCUCUGGGAGCCUCUCCGAGGGACGCGGGGCCAGGCGCUGCGGCUGGGGGCGCUGCGGCUGCUGCUCUUCAAGCUGCUGCUGCUGGACGUGCUCCUGACCUGCAGCCGCCUCCGCGCGGACCCCGGGCUCCCCUUGCCUCUCGCGGCCCCGCGGGCCGAUCGCCUUCUCUUCCCGAAGCCUCCGCCGGUAGGAUUGCCCGCAGCCCCCACCGACAGGCUUCGCCGCAGUGAUGGGGGGCCCACAGGGCUCAGCCUGUCCGCCCCGCCGGCGCUUCAGCCCCGCAACGGUCGGGAUCCCAGGAGCCUGGUCUGGGAAGAUCGGGCCGCUCGUGCUCAGGGCCGGGUGCUCCAGACCCGCCCUCAGUAUUCCUGCCUCAAGCCUCGGAGCAUUUCUCUGUGAUCUGCCUCCCCCAGCUGACAGGAGCAUCCUGGGGGCUAGGCUCGGUCUCCCCUCCUCAAACUGAGGGCCAAGGGAAAUGGCUUUGUCUCUCCCAUCAGACUGGAAGCCCCUUGAGGGUGGUGAUCGACCCA